AUGGAGCAGUUCGUCCGCAAGCGUUUGACCUUCCUGACAUCCUUCUGGAACAAGCUGCGGCCCCGCUCGGUGCAGGAGAGCUGCUCCCUGGCCUACCUGGGCUCCGAUUCGGUUUCGCUGCACUCGGAGCCCAGCUCCGUCUCCUUCAUCCCCAAGUCCUCCCUCUUCAUCGCUCUCUACGCGUUCACAGCCCGCAGCGAGGAGGAGCUGAGCGUGAGCGCGGGGGACAAGCUGCGUGUGCUCAGGGAGGAAGGAGACUACGUCCUUGCCCGACGGCUGCUGGGGGAGCCAGCCAUGGGCUACGUCCCUGCCGCCUACGUGGCCAGCCUCAGCCAGGGCACCUCUGCGCACCGGCCCUGGUACUUCAGCAGGAUCAGCCGGAACGAAGCCGAGCAGCUUCUGCUUUCGGCUCCCAACCAGCACGGCUCCUUCCUGGUCCGGGACAGCGAGAGCAGCAGGGGGGAGUACUCUCUCUCAGUGCGCAACCACGCCAAGGUCAGCCACUUCCGAAUCUGCAAGAGCCCUGGGGGCAGCCUCUACAUCCAGAAGGGCCAUCCUUUCCCCGACAUGGAGGAGCUCCUUGCCUUCUACACCAAGCACUGGAAGGUCAUCCAGAGCCCCUUGCUGCAGCCCUGCAGCCCCGCGACUCCCCCCGAGAGGGACGGCUGGGAGCGCCCACGCUGGGAGUUCACCCUGCGGAGGAAGCUGGGCGAGGGCUACUUUGGAGAGGUGUGGGAAGGGCUGUGGAGGAACACAGUGCCAGUGGCCAUCAAGAUCAUAAAAGCUGACAUGAAGGCAGAAGACUUCACCAAGGAGAUUCAGAAUCUGAAGUGCCUGAGGCAUGAGAAGCUGAUCCAGCUGCAUGCUGUCUGCUCUCUGGAUGAGCCAGUGUACAUCAUCACUGAGCUCAUGAGGAAAGGCAACCUCCACAGCUACCUCAACAGUCCUGAAGGGAAGUCCCUGGGCACCUCCCACCUGCUCAACAUUGCCUGUCAAGUGGCAGAUGGAAUGAGGUACCUGGAGGAGAAGCACAUUGUCCACCGGGAUCUGGCAGCCAGAAACAUCCUGGUGGGAGAGGAACUCACCUGCAAAAUCGCUGAUUUUGGGCUUGCUCGGCUCCUCAAGGAUGACAUUUAUUCCACCAGCAGCAGCACUAAGAUCCCAGUGAAGUGGACAGCCCCGGAGGCAGCCAACUACCGCACCUACUCCCUCAAGUCUGACGUCUGGUCCUACGGGAUCCUGCUCUAUGAAGUCUUCACCUAUGGUCAGAUCCCCUAUGAAGGAAUGACAAACCAAGAAACAGUAAGGCAGAUCACCAGGGGCUAUCGCCUGCCCCGGCCCAGCUCCUGCCCUCCUGAGAUCUACAGCAUCAUGCUGGAGUGCUGGAGCAGCAACACGGAGGAGCGUCCUACCUUCCUGGCCCUGCGGGAGAAGCUGGGCUUCAUCUACAGACGGCUGCUCAGCUCCCUCUCCUGACGGACCCUUUCCCACCAGCCUUCCUGCACAAGCCCCCCCCGGCCAGCUCUUGCCGAGAAACUCCUUCCUUCUGGUUUGCCCUCUGACAGGGCUCCAAGGACAGCACAUCCCCCUCUCCAAACCAGCUCACGGUCCCCUGAUGGUCAGGACUCAAGGAGAUGGCCAAGGGAAAAGGCAAUGAGCUGUGGAGAGCUCACUGCCAGCACCUGGCUGGGUAGCAGUCUGGGUAGUGAAGGCAUCACCCAGAGUUUACUUCUUCAGUCAGCCAGUGGGGUGGGAGGUGCCUGCUGCUCCCCAGGCCACCGUCAACGUUUGCAGGCUGUGUUCAGCUGUGGCUCUGCUUGGUUUGUCUUGCAGUGUGUGUUCCGUGUGUUGGUCAAUAAACAUGUGUGCAGCCAGCCCUCCCUUCCCUCUUCCCUUUCCCCUUCCCUCUUCCCUUUCCUUUCCCCCUCCCAUUCCUUUCCC